GCCAUCUCAUGAUAGGGCUUAUCAUAGACGUCGUCCGCGUCGUUCUCACAUAUCCUGCGCCCUCUGAAAUUUACCAGUUUAGCUGAUUAUCUACGAAUGGAUCAAAAUCACUUGGAAUGCCUAAGAAUUGAAAACAAAAAGCUUCGUGGUAAGCACAAUGAACUAGAGUCGGAUCUUAUCGAGGAGAAAGAAAUGGUGAAAUAUUUGCAUGGUGUGAUAAAGAAUUACCAACAGCUGUUAAAGUCACCACAAACGACACGACAUCUUCAAACUGCUUCUCAAAAGAGCGUGCGUCGAUCUUCGAGUGCCCGACGAGUGACUAGUGAAAAAGAUGUAGAAGAAUCGUUCCUGAAGAAUUUGAUCGAAAUGAGUAGUUUUCAUCCGGGAAAGAAGGAAGCGAAACCUAAGGAACAAGGGUUCGUGCCAAAUGAUAAUUCACAUUCAAAGGCGUUAGACACGUCCGACUGUGAAGAUACAGACAGAAUCGAUAACAACAACAGCCAUGUAUCUGAUGAAAUUUUAUUACCUACUGAUCAGCGACGCGAGAGAUCAGAAUCUAUUCCUCCUACAAACUCGUUUUACUCGAAUUUUCUGAGUCAAAAGACCCGUAAACCACGAGGAAAUACUAUCUCGGACUUUAGAACACUUCCCCUUAGCAACCCGAGCGCGAAGUGUUUCGAGAGAGAGCAUGUUAUGCAAGAAAUGACCCAAAUGUUGGACUCCAUGAUGCAGAAAACAACUUUACUCGAAAAAAGCUUAAAACAGAAGGACAAACAUUUGACAAAAAUGGAACGAAGGUUCGAAUACUUGGAAAGCAUAGCGCUUGGAGAAGAAUCUGAAUGUCUGUGACGAGCUUUUGCGUGACUCACCUGAUUUGAGGAAAUAAGGCAUACGAACGCCCACGCGGUGAAGGAAGUUCGUACAAUCAACGAAGAUACAAUUUACUUACCACUCUACCGUGGCCAUGCACACAAUUAAUUUAUCGUCAGUUUACAUUGGUGAUCAAAGGUCCAGCUCGGUUUCCAAUAUCUUGCCCCUCCUCUCUUUUUUUGGCUCAAUAGCUAGGUGAUUAAUUUACAUGAGACGAGUGGCAAGUCCACCCAAAUCCCACAAGUGCGAUCACAGUCCUUGUAAUGCAUAUCUGUAAAGGUUUCAGUCGAACGAUUUAUUCCGGUUACCGGGAUUAAACUUGAAAGGUGGCGUCGCGUUCAUCGCGAUCACCGAGUUGAAAUUUCCCACUGAAUGGAGGCCGGACUGAAAUCUCCGUUCACUUAGCAAGCUUAAAUUUCCUAUAUGAACAGAGGACAUUUGUCUUGCGAACCAGGCUGAACCUGACACUGGCCUCUUAUGAUGACUCGGAAAGGAGAAAGAAUGGAAACCAACAAGGCUUCGCUUUCCAAUAACCUGACGGACAGAGGUACAAAAACAUUUAAAUACCGUGAUUGAAAGAAACCUCGAGACAAGGAACUAUUGCAAAAGAGACUAUGCAAAGCUGCUAUAAUAAAAGUGUUUAAAUUAUCACUUAAAGAAGUCGUGUAUUAGGUUUUAUGGAAAUUUGUUUCUAGUGAUUUGUUAAGUUUACAUGAAGAGUUAUAUUUGCGAUUCAAUAAGCGGAAAAAACAAUGUGAAUGUUUGACACGAAUAAAGGGAUCGAAAGAAGAAUAGAAAAUCCGCACGCGUUAAUAAAUCAA